ACAAAGUUGAGCGGUGUCGAUACGGGUGACAUAAAAUGAAAGUACUGAUAUAUAUGGCAUUAUUAAUAACCUUCUCUACACUUCACACCCCAUGUUCUUCAGAAGAUACGUCAAAAUCCAAAAUUGUUCGACAAAUAUUCGAUAUUGAUCCAGUUGCUAUGAAUUACAUAUACGGUUAUGAAACCGACAACCAAAUAUUUGUGGAAGAACAAGGAUACUCAAGGGACGAUAAUAUAGUUAAAGAAGGUCAGUACCAGUAUACAUCACCUGAUGGAGAAGUUAUUAAGACUGUAUACAAAGCUGAUGAAGAUGGAUUCCAUCCGCAAGGCGCUCAUUUCCCUACAGCGCCACCUUUACCGCCUGCUUCGUUUUCGUUUUCUGCUUUGACGAAAUAAAAAAGUUUCCAUCCCGC